AUGUCUGGCCUCGAACCACUUGCAGCACUUUCUCUGGCAUGUAAUGUUUUUCACGUCAUCGGUGUCGCGCGACACACAAUCCGUACUGCAAGGCAGGUGUACCAGUAUGGCGAGCUCGACCCCGCCCUCAUCGACCACGCAACACGCUUGGAAGAUCUCUCCAAGCGCAUCCGGCCAGCGACGAUGCCGGGCGCCAACCCACGGAGCACCGCCCAACCAAAGCCGACCGAUCAGGAUACGCAGCUCCUGGGGCUUGCGAACAGGUGCCUGAAUGCAGCGCGAGAUUUGCGCGAGGAAGUCAACUUCUUAAAGGGCCCUGAUACCAAGUCCAAGCUCGUGGCGAUGUUGAAGACUGCGGUGAAAACGGCAUGGCGGCAGCGGCGGCUCGACAGGCUGGGAAAGGAGAUGCUGGAUGCGGAGCAACUACUGCAGACGGGCCUCUUGACGAGAAUCUUUGAGCGGACCGAAAAGGCUAUUGGCGGCCUGGAAAAUCUCGAUUCGACCCUACGAUUGUUCGUGGAAGAGUACCGUGAAGGACGUUCAGAAACGGCCGAACUCGUGCGUACCGAGGCGAUCCAGACAAGGAAGAACGUUGCCAUUCAGAUCAAGCGCAGUAUCUACGCUGUAACGAAAUCCACGAUACAAGAGACUACGCGGGUUGAAGGCUCCUUGAAGAAGCACAUCACGCAAGAAACGGCCCAGGCUCAGAGGUUGCUAGGGAAGCACAUUUCAACCGCGAUUAGAAGCAGGGAUGGGAGCAGGGAUGCGCGAGAGCGAGCUAUUCAGUUGGAAGCUCGCAGGGAGCGGUUCCUACAGAGCCUCAAGUUUGAUCGUAUGAACGAGCGGAGGAGUAUGGUUGCCGAGUCGCACCCUCAGACAUACGAGUGGGUCUUGAGAGACAGUAGCGAUGCUAGAGAACCCGUGGAUACCGAUGCCGACCACCCUUGGGACAGCUUCUCGGAUUGGCUUCGAUCCACGGAGCCGGCGUAUUGGAUUAGCGGCAAGCCUGGAUCAGGAAAAACUACCCUCGUCAGUUAUCUCCUGGGUCACUCCCAAACGCGAGCUUUCCUGGAACAAUGGAGCCCUAGCGUUAUCAUCGUCUCGCAUUUUUUCUGGCGACCUGGCACCAAGAUGCAGCAGAGUAUUAGAGGCCUUUUUUGCUCCCUCCUCCACCAGCUACUCGACAAGGACAAGGAAUUCCUCAUGGGGAUCCUUUCGAACAACAAAAUCGCGUUGGAUAAGGAUGUGGAGACAGACUGGUCUUACAACGAACUUCAAUCGACCCUUCUCGACGUGAUGGCACACUACCCGAGGCCGAUCGCUCUUUUCUUGGACGGGCUCGAUGAGGUCCUUCCUGCGGACAGCACCCUUGCGCUUCUGGAUGUUGUCGAUGCCCUACGGCAAUCCCAAAGGCUCCAAGGAAAAAUCAAGAUGUGCCUAGGUGCUCGUCGCGAGCCCUUGAUACAGCAAAAACUCUGGGCAUGUCCACACCUACGCCUCGAGCACCUCAACUAUACCGACCUUCGCCGAUACGCUGAGGACACCCUUUCCAUCCCGGCUCAAUACCAAAUCUGCGUCCCCCCGAACUGGAAACUAUCCACGUACGAUGCCAAUGGUCACUGGGCCAAUUUCAGCUUCGAGAGGCCACCGACUCCACCUGACCUACGAUACUGGCUCAUCACUGAGCUUGUCAAUAAGGCCGAGGGAGUCUUUCUAUGGCUCUGUCUGACAACCAAAAUGGUCAUGCAGGCUCUCUGGCAAGGCCAGAUGUUCACCGAUUUGCAAGACCGAAUCGACAGCCUGCCGAGCGAGCUCGGUAAGCUGUACGCGGACAUGUGGGCAAGGGCAAACGGUGACAGCGAGCAUCCAGAGCAUCAAAAACGAGCUGCUCUUUACUUUCAGCUAGCCAUCAAAAAACAUUUUACUGAUCGCUUGACUCCAACCAUCGCCACAACCACGGAUAUGGCCAGUCAAAUAUUAGGCCGCAGCUCGUAUGAGGCCGGAUUUGUGACAUCGCUCGUCGAGUUGUGCAAGGCUAAAAUGCGGGACGUCGAAAUCAGAUGCGCUGGUCUCCUCCAAGUCAACCCAAUUUCGGAAACAAGGGAUACUUCUGGAUUGAUGCCCUGGCAUGGUGAUGACUAUUAUGAUCUGAUUCCUUACGCUGGGGAAGAGUAUUACCCGGGGCCGGUGGAGUUCGUCCAUCGGACUGCCUCCGACUUCCUGACCGACUCCGUGGAAGGCUUAAUGAUACUGAGGAAGAACGAGAUCUCGGAAUGGUAUCUCCGCCAGAGGAUUGUCGCUGCACGCCUGGCGCGCUGUCGGUUGUUCCGAGCGGCCCCGUUUGUCCGACAUCGCGAUGGGGAUGAGGGCUUGGAGAAAGCUCCAUUUUCCACUAGGUACAGUUAUCACAACAGCUUUUGGGGCCACUUGGUAUCGAUUAAUUCGCUACUUCAUGCGCUGCCCGAGGGAGAUGAAGACAACGCGAGAGGCGAGUGUGAGAAACUGCUCCGAUCCUGUCAGCAGCUCUUCGAAUCCGGCCACAUUUUCAGAGAAUACAGACUUCUCCGCAAUGUCGAGGAUUACCAGGAAGAGCGUCAAGGGCCGGACGGUAUUCAAGGCCUUUACGAAAUGAUUGUCAAGCGGGAGCAUGAGUUCCUCCUCGAGGCCGCAUCAAUGAACCUAAACAUCUGGCCCAUCAUAUGGGCCAAGGUCCAGGAUAUGGAAUUGAACAAGCAGACACUUUCGGAGCUUUUGCUGCACGUUUGCAACAUCGAGUUCGCUCUUUACGCCGAUGAUCUUUGGUUCAAAGAUGGAAAAGAAUUAAAUUCGAAAUGGUGGGACAAGGAGUCUCGGUCUUCCCUCUUGGCCCCCUUGGCCAUCGAUUCCCGUCUGAAGCUCGCCAGGUUACUCUUGGAACGGGGUGCUUGUCCUUCGACCAAAGGGCCACAGCGGAUCGAAGGCUACAGUCGUUUUGACCCAGUAUACGUCCUCGAGACGCCUCUCAAACGCCUCAUGUCUAGUGCCUGGCGCCUGGAGCGUGAUAUGCCUUUGUUUGACUCAAACCUAGCCGGAGACUUUAUUCACUUGAUCCAACUGUUAAUGUUUAAUGGCGCUGAUGCUAAUGGUGAGGAGUUCCGAGUCAGCUACCAGGUCCAAGAUGGACACUUGUUUGAGGAGGAAUUGCAUUUUAGAGACUGGGACGGCGGGGAAGCUUUGGUCCAGGGAAUCGAAGGUCUGCGCUUCGUCUUUGCUUACCCCCUCUCGGCAAUACUCACUCGAAUGCUCCGGAAGUGGAAGAACCGGUUUCCAAACAUCGACCCCCUUCCCGAAACUGGAGAUACUGUUCAGGACACGCCCAUGCUGGGACGUUUGACUCUCAUACUGCACUCCAAGGCCACACCCGCACGAAUGUGCUUUGUGGAAGAAGAGGAGGAUCUAGAGGAGGAGCUGCUGUGGGUAGCCCGAGAAGCCGAGCAAAUACUCCACGCCCGGGACCGAAACUCUUGUGGGGUCCCUAUUCCUAUUGAGAUACAACAAGGGUUGUCCCGGGCUCUUCGGCGCAGGGAUCCCGAGGGGGCGGAGGAAUGGCACACGUCACGCCGUCUCUUCGAGGUCUUUCAAAGGGCUGGCAUGACUUCAAUAUACUGGCAAGAAUGGGGAGAAGGGUGUUCGAUCUUCGGCGACGUUCUACUGGGUAACUGA